UCAAGAUAAUUGUCAACUAUGUUAUGAGUGUCGCACAUAACAGUGCGUAUGAGAUAGCUAGAUCGUUGUGUCGCAGGGUCGCGGAUUUUUUUAAGUGUAAACAAUAGUAAAAAAAAUAAAAAGGGGUUAACAAAGUAGUUCUGUUAGUUAAAUGUAAAGUUUAACAGAGCUCAGGCUUUCUUCUCGUGGUUGAUAUUAAGCACAAUGUCUUGGCUGCUCAUAGUCUUCCUGAUCCUUCUAACCUGCUGGCUGCGCUGGCGCCGCAACAACAGCAGACUGUUGAAGAUGGCGCGGGAGAUCCCCGGUCCCCCCCCUCUGCCGGGGGUGGGCAACGCUCUGCGGUUCAUGUGCCGACCAGAGGAAUUCAUCCAGGUUAUCAGGGACCUAAUGCGCGACUAUGGUGACGUGCUGCGGUUCUGGCUCGGACCUGACCUCAAUGUCGUCGUCAGCAACCCUGAUGACCUGAAGAUUCUACUGUCUAACAAGAAGACUAGCGUGAAAGGACCUCAGUACCGGUACAUGGCGAAUGUAUUGGGUGGAGGGAUACUCAGUGGAUCAGGUCCAUCAUGGCGUAAGCACCGUAAGAUAGCGACCCCAAACUACGGUAAGCGUGCCAUAGAGAGUUACAGUGACGUGUUCAACCACGAGGCUGAACUGCUGCUGCAGCACUACAGGCCUGCAGCCCUGUCCAUCGGAAUGAAAAAGGAAGUCGACUUGUACCGGUACAUCGUGCAGACCACCAGCUAUUCCGUCUGCCGUACUCUAAUGGGCUUGAGUAAGGAGCAAACUAUGAGUCUACCGUACAUACAGGAUAUCAUUGAUGAAACUCCAAUACUUUACGACAUAGUUUUCGACAGGAUGACAAAGUGGUACCUCCAAAUAGACCCAGUCUUCUGGAUGACCAACUUCUACAAACAGCAGAAGAGCUUCGUAUCAAAGAUAACUGCUUUCAGCUCGGCCAUCUUACAGCACAGAGUAGAACAUCUGAAUACUUUGGAAGAGACGAGGAAGGUAGACCUGAUGAACUCUGAAGAAGACUCAUUGAAGAAUACCCAGCUCAGUGUAAUAGACCGGUUUAUUCUCUCACAAGAACUAAACAGUGAGGAAUUGUUGAAAGAGACCUUCACGAUUUUUACUUCGAGUCAGGAGGCAUCGGCGAAGAUUACCUCGUUCAUACUGUUGAUGAUGGCAUAUCAUCCUGAUUGUCAGGAAAAGUUAUACGCUGAAAUAAAGAGCGUCAUGGGAGAGGAUGGCCGAGCCGUGACGGACGAGGACUUGAAGCGGAUGCCUUACCUGGAGAUGGUGUUCAAGGAAGUACUGCGCCUGUAUCCCAUCGGAGCGUUGCUACAGAGAACAAUCUCCGAAGAUAUAGCGAUUAGCUCAGCAAUCCUGCCAGCAGGGUGCUCGCUAGUAGUGCCGAUCUACCACCUCCAUCGGGACCCUCGACACUGGGAGCGCCCGGACGCUUUCGACCCGGAGAGAUUCAACCCUGAGAACACUACGAAACGACACCCCUACUGCUACAUACCCUUUAGUUUGGGACCUAUGGACUGUUUGGGGCGAUAUUUCGGCACGAAGCUUAUAAAAACCAUCUGUGUAAGAAUACUGCAGGAGUUCAGAGUGGCCUCUGAGAAGACUUACGAUGAGUUGAAGCUCGCCAUCGCUAUAUCCGUGGUGUCUGUCGAUGGCUUCCACGCGUCGCUGAUACCUAGGACAUCUAAAACUAACAGUCAUUAGGUCUAUUACCGAAGUCAUAAAGAUCUGGGGGUUAAAAAGGACACAUCGAAGCAGUUCAUCUAAAAAAGUAAUAUUGCUAUUUGACAUUUGUUUGCAUUGCGCACUUACUUUUAUAUGCGCAAAUGUCAAAUUGCAAUAAGUACUUAUUGGUUUUUUAGAUGAAUUACUUCGAUGUCGCCUUUUUAACCCCCCUUUAGCUUAUUUACUUAAUAUCUGUUAUAUUUUUACUUUUUCUGUGUGCGUUUUGUCUUCUAUCAAUGUAACUAUAAGUGUAAGGUACCUAAGUGAUACCUUAAUGUUUCUGAGGAGUCCUAAAAUAGUGUUUCUUUAAACACUGGCUA